CCAUCUUCAUUUCGGUCAGUCCGCCGCGAACAGUCGUGGGGGUAGCGUCGCUAUUAGCGUAUUCGUAGAGGCACAGGCUAAAUACAGCCGGUCUUUUUUAAAUCUUAGUUUUUUAUAAGAUUUUAAUAAAUCAGUGUAAAUCAACCGAUCGUUGUGUCAAUAUUUUUAAUAGUCGGAACUAUAUUCGGAGUGCACCAGUGUAAUUUAGCGAUCUUCGCGACUCCAUUUCUUUGGUUUGAGAUAGGCGAAGUGCAGAGGUGAAAAUGAACGGUGUGAACGGUCAUAGCAACGGAGAGGCUGGGGGCGCGGGCAGCGCGGGCGAUAUCAUCACGCAAAACCAACAGCGCGGCUGGUGGACCAUCGGCCUCAUCAACAGCCGCUAUCGGUACCUCACCGCAGAGACCUUCGGUUUCAAGAUCAACGCCAACGGCACCAGUCUCAAGAAGAAGCAGAUAUGGACCCUCGAGCCCGCCUCUGGCAACGCCAAUGACAGCAUGAUCUACCUUCGCUCGCACUUGGACAAGUACCUGGCCGUGGACUCGUUCGGCAACGUUACCUGUGAGGCUGACGAGAAGGAACCUGGCAGCAAGUUCCACAUCAGCGUGUCGGAGGACGGCAGCGGGCGCUGGGCGCUGCGCAACGUGGAGCGCGGCUACUUCCUUGGCUCCAGCUCCGACAAGCUGACCUGUACCGCCAAGACUCCCGGCGACGCCGAGCUCUGGCACGUGCACCUCGCCGCCAGACCGCAGGUGAACCUAAGGUCUAUCGGACGCAAGCGGUUCGCGCACCUGUCCGAGUCAUUGGACGAGAUCCACGUGGACGCCAACGUGCCGUGGGGCGAAGACACGCUCUUCACGCUGGAGUUCCGCGCGGACGAGGGCGGCAAGUACGCCCUGCACACCUGCAACAACAAAUACCUCAGCGCGGGAGGAAAGCUGGUGGAGACGUGCACGGCGGAGUGCCUGUUCAGCGCGGAGUACCACGCGGGCGCGCUGGCGCUGCGUGACGCGGGCGGGGCGUACCUCGCGCCCAUCGGCUCCAAGGCGGUGCUCAAGACGCGCUCCACCAACGUCACCCGCGACGAGCUCUUCUCCCUCGAGGACAGCCUGCCUCAGGCCGCCUUCGUCGCCGCCCUCAACGACAAAUACGUCUCCGUCAAACAGGGUGUGGACGUGACGGCGAACCAGGACGAGAUCAGCUCGCACGAGACGUUCCAGCUGGAGUUCGACUGGGGCACGCGGCGCUGGUACAUCCGCACCAUGCAGGACCGCUACUGGACGCUGGAGGCGGGCGGCGGCAUCCAGGCCAGCGCCGACUCGCGCUCCUCCAACGCGCUCUUCCAGCUCGAGUGGCAGGGCUCCGGCGCCGUCGCCUUCCGCGCCAACAACGGCAAGUACCUCACCACCAAGCGCUCCGGACACCUCUACGCCAACGCGGACCAGCCCGACGACAACUGCAAGUACUACUUCUACCUCAUCAACAGGCCGAUCCUGGUGCUGAAGUGCGAGCAGGGCUUCGUGGGUCCCAAGGGCACGCGGCUCGAGUGCAACAAGGCCAACUACGAGACCAUACAGGUGGUGCGCGGCCCCAAGGGGGAGGUCUACUUCAAAGGUCGCGAGGGCAAGUACUGGCUGGCGGACAGCGAGGGCGUGUCCUGCGACUCGGACCGGCCGCAGGGCUUCCACCUGGAGCUGCGCGAGCCCACGCGGCUGGCGGUGCGCGCGGCCCAGGGCGGCAGCUACCUCGCCGCCCACAAGAACGGCGCCUUCCGCCUCGCCGGACCCGACCUCGCCAGCGCCACGCUCUGGGAGUACUAGGCCCCGCCCGCGCCCACGCCCUCGCCCUCGCCGCCCACACAUCACACGCUCACCUGAAUCUCAUAGACAUAUCGACGUCAUCUCUUUUUGUAACAUUGAGUCGCAUUUCCUUGAACAUUUCACAUACAAUUGUAGAGUAGAGGGCGCGGUGCUGCCGACACCCGCCCGCUAACGUAACACGAUACGUAAGUGCCGCGAGUCCGAUGUGGCAUUUCUAGUACUUAAGUGAAGGUCCGGAGCGCCGAGGGCGGCGUCUCUCUGCAUUUAGUACGGUUAAGGUGUCGCCGAAUGUGAUCAUAUGGAAAUAUCGCUUCUCCUUAUUAUAAUCGUAGAAUUAUUUUUCGCUUGUUGAGGAUCAUUUUAUACAUUAACUACGUAUUAUUUAUUGCCGCGCAAGUCCGCGCGAGACUGAUGACGGAAACGAUCCGACUGUACGACCGCUCCGUCGGAUUAUUUCUCUUUCGACCGUGUACUUAUAUCCCUUAGUGAUAAUUUUAUAUAAUUUUUUACGAUGUACUUUGAAUGGUCUCGUCCGAGUGCAGUUUGUGGCGACGUUAGCUGGACCUACUUUUGAUAUAAUUGUGUCGCGGCGCUCGGUUUUGUCACGAAACUGUAAGCUCCCCUGCGAGCGCUGUUCCCGGCAACGACAAAUACUGCGAUCAAAUCUGGCUUUGUACAUCGAUCAAAAAGCAGUAGCCAGGUCGCCGGCAGCAUCACGCUAUGCAUGUUGUGGGGCAGACAGACAGACGCCGCACAAACUGUUCGUAACGAUAAUGAACAAAUAAUCUAUUUAAGUAUUUGUACUGCGAAUUGUGCUGAUCCUAAAAUUUAAAGUUUGUACGAUAUAAUGUCUUUGUAAACUAUUAAUAAAUAAAUUAUAAUCAUAUUGUAU